GGGAAAUUAAAUUCAGAGGUGGCGAGUUACCCCACUUUCUGACUCACAACUGCGGUACUUUCCAGCUUGUCUCAACGGCCUCACACUCGCCAUUUGCUUCGUUUACAUCGAAACCCUCUUUACGAUUUCAUCUCACCGCACAUAUAUAUGCAUCACCGCUACAAAAGAACCUGAACUCUCACGCUCUCUUCCGUCUUCUUGAUCCAAAUUGUUAUUUACCCUGGUGAAAUUAAAUUAGGCAUCUCAUAAUGGCUGCUACUGCUGCUCCAAACCUGCAAUUUGCUGCGGCUAACCUCUGUGUUUCUGCAUCUCGUAAACUUUUCCAGUCCAACACCUCACGCCUCGCUUUCGAAAAUAGAGGAAGAUCUGCAACAGAGCUUAAAAGUUUGUGCUUGUUCUCCGCAACAAAACUAUCCUCCCAGGGAUUAAAUACAGUUCCAUUAAAAUCUCAACGGAUGCUUACUCGGGCAAUGUCCAGUGCAAUUGAUAAGGAACACUUACCUGGGCUUGCCAUUGACUUAAGAGGAAAGAGGGCAUUUAUUGCUGGUGUAGCUGAUGAUAAUGGCUAUGGAUGGGCAAUAGCAAAGUCUCUUGCAGCUGCAGGUGCUGAAAUUCUUGUUGGUACAUGGGUUCCAGCUCUAAAUAUCUUUGAGAGCAGUCUGCGACGGGGAAAAUUUGAUGAAUCAAGAGUCUUGCCAGAUGGCUCACUGAUGGAAAUAAAAAAAGUGUACCCGCUUGAUGCAGUUUAUGACACUCCUGAUGAUGUUCCCGAAGAUGUGAAAGCCAACAAGCGUUAUGCUGGGUCUGCAAAUUGGACUGUUAAGGAAGUUGCUGAAUGUAUCAAACAAGAUUUUGGCACAAUUGACAUUCUUGUGCAUUCCCUUGCUAAUGGCCCAGAGGUUACUAAACCCCUACUUGAAACGUCAAGAUAUGGAUAUCUUGCUGCAUUGUCGGCAUCAAGUUAUUCAUAUAUUUCAUUGCUUAAGCAUUUUAUUCCCAUUAUAAAUCCAGGCGGUGCUUCUAUCUCUUUAACGUACAUUGCUUCAGAAAGGAUAAUUCCAGGAUAUGGUGGUGGGAUGAGCUCAGCAAAAGCUGCUUUAGAGAGUGACACAAGAGUAUUGGCUUUCGAAGCCGGAAGGAAGCAUAAGGUCAGAGUCAACACAAUUUCUGCAGGUCCACUGAGGAGUCGUGCUGCAAAAGCUAUUGGUUUUAUCGAUAUGAUGAUUGAUUACUCAUCCGAGAAUGCUCCCUUGCAAAAGGAGUUGUCUGCAGAGGAGGUUGGGAAUGUAGCUGCUUUUCUGGCAUCACCUUUGUCUUCAGCCAUAACGGGGUCAGUUGUGUAUGUCGAUAACGGCCUAAAUGCUAUGGGAGUUGGAGUUGACAGCCCGGUGUUUAAGGGUCUUGACAUCCCAAAAGACCAGAGCUAUGAGUCUGCUAAACAACAAGCUGCUGCUGCUGUUGCAUCUCCAUGAUUUCAUUUAACCAAUUUUGGCUCCCAAAAUAAGUAAGUAAUUUUGGGUCCAUGGAUAUGCAGGCUGUUUGCUUAAAUUAUGAGGUAUGGAUUCUUUAGAGACUAUCAAUUGUGGUGGUUCAUGGAGGAAUGCGAGGUCUUAUAAAAAAUUUGUAAUAUUUUUCAAAGCAAAUGUUGCCCAUACUGACUUAGAAGUUGCAAUUUCAUCAAUUUAACUUGCAGUAUUUUAGUUCUUACAAAGGAAAAAUAACAAAAGAUCCA